GCAGAAAACAACAAAAUGAGCAACGCAACCAACAACUCCAUCGUCAUCGCUCUCGUCUUCGCCAUUGUGUUCUGUUGCUGCCACAACUUCGCACAAGCGCGUCCUAAUCACGAUGCCGCUGCUGAGACGCGUCACUUCAAAAGCGAACUAAAAGAUGAUGGCAGCUAUAAAUAUCAGUUUGAGACUUCGAAUGGUAUCGGUGCUAGUGAAUCAGGUGUUGGUGGUUACCAUGCGAGCGGCCAUUCAGCCUAUUACGCACCAGAUGGUAAAUUAAUUCAAUUGAGCUACACCGCCGAUGAGCAUGGCUUCCAUCCGACUGGGGAACACUUACCGACACCACCACCUGUACCAGAGGCUAUUCUCAAAUCACUUGAAUACAUUCGCGCUCAUCCCCACGAAGAUGAAUACAAAGGUGCCAGCGGACAAGCUCACUCUUCAUAUCAUGGCAAUAAAAAAUUCUAAGCGAAUUGGUUGAUAAGAUUUUACAUAUGUAUA